AGUCUGUGUUCGAACAUUCUUACGUUAAGACAUCAUUUUUUGCUUCUGGAUUUUUAAUUGUCAAUUUUGUUUGUAUUUUUAUUAAUUUGUUGAGAAAUGGAAUCUGAUCGUGACGAUGAUUACAUAAAUUAUGAUUAUAAUUUAAACUUCUAUGACGAUUAUGUGGCACCACCACCACCGAAAGAAUACGAACACGGCGAAAUUCCAAAUAUUGUGAAAAUCUUCUUCUUUAUGCUUUUGUUUUUAUAUCUCUUUAUAAUAUUUUAUUAUGCAUUUAUAAAGAAGAACAAAACAUCAGACAAUAAUGAUCUUCAGCUUUCGACUGAUCCAUUUGUUGGUUCUCGUUUAAGUCGAAGUAAUCGUUCGGAGAUGCGUAAUAAUCGUCAAGAAGUUUUGAUGCCAGUUUCCAGUGAUGUGACUAUUUAUGCGAUUGAAGACGAUGACUUAGGUUUCUAUACUACAAUUAACUUUGACGACAUAGAUCCUCAGAUCGAUCAAUCUAGAACAAGAAAUUUACUUCCUUUGCUGCAACAAUCAUCAAGAAGAGAAAGUCAAGAACUGCCACCAAACUACGAAGAUCCACCAUCUUACGACGAAAUUGCUCACAAAGUCCCAUGAAGAAUGUUUAAUUUGUUUACAAAAGAAUGGAGAAAUCAAUGAAUCAUCAAAAGCAAAAAUAAGAAGAAAUCUUCGAGAUGUGCAUGUGAAGAAAUUUUCGUGACCCACACAAAUAGUUUCACACUUACACACAACGAGCAAGCAAUUGUGAUUCACACGAAACAUGUGCCUUAAUUAUCAUGCACAGAAGAGAAGAAAAUUAAAAAAAAACUGUGAAAAGUUUCACUCACAUAGAUUUAUUGUGCGCAAAAGCUAAAAAUAUUUAAUUCCACUUUUUGUUACCACAAUAAAACUUAAUUUAUGUCCAUAGAAAUAUUAUUAAUUUCAGUAAAUAUCAAAAGUCUGAAAUGAUAAUUCUAAUUUAUCAACUUAUUUAAAUACAAAUGAAGACUUUUCAAGUGCUGUGUUGACCUUCAUUUUCAUGGAGACGAUAGAAAUAUUUUGCAAAGUUAUAAGUGUUCGAUAAACACUCAAGAUGUGCCUAGUCUGAAUGCAAUCUUCAAUGAUUUUACAGAAACAUUCAAAACUAUUAGUUUUACUUAGCUACAUGGUUUAUUUAUAUUUAGUUUUUCAUUGGUCAAUAUUUAUAAAAUUAUUCAAAAUCCAAAUAAAAAAAUAAAUUAAAAAAU